AUGCCGACCAGACAGCGGAGUUUCAGCUAUCUCAAAGGCCAUGCAUGGGUGCAGGGCAAGAUCUCAGCUAAAGAAGACCCUGACAGGAAGGAAGAGGUAUUGAGACGAGAGUGGUUCGCCAUCACCGUGUUUCCGCUCAUCGCAGGGACCUUUGGCCCUAUUGCCAGCGCACUCAAUAUCUGCGCCUUGGUGAGGCCCUGGAGACAUGAGAUCAAUGGAAGCGGCAACGUCCCCGACCCGGCGUGGUUGAUUGUUCUCAAUGCAAUUUCCCUGGCCUUCGGCGUCGUGGCCAACCUUUCCGUCUUCCUCCUCGUGGAAAGCGAAGACCCUGCUCUGAGGCGACAUAAUGUCCAAUUGAUCGUUGGCAACACCAUCGCCGGCGACAUGGCUUCAUUCAUACUUGUUGGCCUCGUGGUAGCCGCAUGUGCCACGCUCAAAAACUCGUCCACGCCACAGUAUGGUUAUAAUGAAGCUUUUUACUACGCCAUCUUCGCCGCGAUAUUGUACUUCAUCACAUCAACGGUGACGAUAUACACCGCCUUGACAAUCCUACGUGUUCGGACUUCUCGUCGCGACUCCCGGGUCGAGCUUGCAAAAGGCCACCACCAACUGAUGUUUCUGACGACUGCUUUCAUGUCGUAUAUUCUGAUUGGCGCCAUCAUAUUUUCCCACGUUGAAGGCUGGGGCUAUCUCGAUGCAGUCUAUUGGGCAGACGUGACCCUUCUGACAAUAGGUUUCGGCGACCUCUCUCUUCAGACGCACCUUGGGCGCUCGUUAUUAUUUCCGUACGCUGCGUUUGGCAUCGCUUUUGUGUUUUUCAUCGUCUUUUGCAUUCCCGCGGUGGUCCUGAAUCGCAGCAAAGAGAUCUGGGCGAUACACCUUCGAGACCGAGAACGAAUCAAGGAAGUCCAAGCACGAGAUGCUCGGGCCGGCAACCCCAAUGCUGACGCCAAAUACAUCAGCCACUCCCCGGGUGAUGGUGGCUUGGUACCUAUCGAGCCUAUAGAGGGCGCGCCAGAGAAUGACAGAAAAGCCAAAGAGCGUCAAGAAUUCGAGCUGAUGAAAGGGGUACUACUUCGGUCGGCCAAGAAGCGCUUGGGAUACACUGUCGGUCUGUGGACCACGGUCUGGUUUACCUUAUGGCUCAUCGGCGCUGUCAUUUUUUGGGUCUCGGAGCGCCGACAGCACUGGUCGUACUUUGAGGCCAUCUAUUUUGCCUUCAACUCUUUGCUGGUCAUUGGUUACGGUGAUUUGACUCUGAAAAGCGACUCUGCAAAGGCAUUCUUCGUCCUGUGGUCGCUGAUUGCCAUCCCGACAUGGACAAUGCUGGUUUCCAGCAUCGCUAAGGCGGUCGGCAAUCCGUACUUCGUAGCUCAGAAGUCCUGGCUGAGACGAAAACUUUUUGCAAGCGGGGAACAACCCAAAAAUGGGGAGAGGGAUGAUCACUUCGGCAAGUUGCCCCGAGACUUUCCCCCAAACGCUCAUGAUAGGAACCAUCUGCUGGCCAAGGUGCUGAAAGACAUUAUCAUCGAUCAUUUGAGACACCAGCACGAUGGACAGAAGCCGGAAUACACUUUCGAAGACUGGGAGUACAUCAUUGAUUUGAUGGGUCCUCUUGAGCCUUUGGAAGCUGCAGAUCAGCGCACUGGUGAUUUGACUUCUCCAACCCGAACCAAAGACAGGACGACUGAAGAUUUUCGUGACGGGGAUGGAUUCGUCGACUGGCUGCAUCCGAACAAUCCCAUGAAUGUCACAGAGUACCUGACAGAGUGGAUGCUGAUAACGCUGAUCGAAAAGUUGGAGCAGGAGCUGCUGGACAUCAGAGUGAACUCGGGCAAUGUUCCCAUUGACAGAGGCUCUUCGGGCAAGAUUACAGAAGGGCUUCCGGGGCAUUCAUUAACGUGA